UCACGACGUAGAUAGCGCCCGCGACCAUGGACUCGCCUGCAGACUUGGUCUCGCAGCUCAACCAGGCGCGCCAGGUCGUUCUCGACAAUGCGGCCAACUACCCGGCCAUUGUGCCCAGCAUCCUGCCCAUCAUCGGCGAGAAAGCAGACGUCGAGCUGCGCAGAUGGGGCGCCGAUUUCCUGGCCGAGACGUUUGCGGCGCCCAUGCUGCCGCCGGAGCCCAAGCAGCAGCUGAGCCUGCUGGUGCUAGACAAGCUGCGCGAAUACCUGGAGAUAGCGCACGAGGACGUGGGCGUGGUCAAGGGCGUGGUUCAGGCUGCCGCGAGCAUCUAUCCGCUGGUCUUCAGAUACACUAUCAACAAUCCGCACGAUGCGCCGACAUGGCAGAAGAUGGCCGCCAUCAAGUCCAACAUCUUGCGCCGCAUGGACUCGGCCCCCCCGGGCGUCCGCAUCUGCUGUAUCAAGUUUGUCCAGCGCGUUGUGCAGACGCAGACGCCGGGCCUCAUUGCAGACCCACGGCGCCCUGAACACAAUGAGAUCUCGCUUGCUUUGGUGCCCAGAGACCACCCGUUGAUACCCCCGCCCAAUCUCGAAGCCGAGGCUUCGGGCCUGCUGGACAGGCUGCUCAGUAUCCUGCAAGAGGAGCUCAGUGAUGCCCUUCUCGUCACUGCUACCCUCAACAGCUUGGGUAGCCUCAUUCGAACUCGUGCCUCCAUUGCCAAUAAGAUUGUGUCCACCGUUCUCAACUUCAAUCCGCUCAAGCUCGCCAAUUCGCCCAUGACGCCCAAGACCAAAGUUAUGAUGAAGUCAAUGGAGCGUACGACGAGGGCGCUGCUCUUGAAUGUUAUCAAAAAGAACCCCAAUCAUCCUCUAGCCCCAAGGAUCCAACAGCACAUCGAGAGGCUCCACCACAUGCGGCUAGAAAUCUUCGAUGAAACGAAUCGCAAAAGACCUGCACCUAUCGAGCCUAUCGAUGGCCUGGACCAAGCCAAAAGGCAACGCCUUGGCGCGGACGUCUCAGGCGCACCCUCGCGUGCCCUCGGAGCGCCUCCGCUGGCCCCAGGACCAGUCAGUUAUGCCCAGCUCUACACAUUGACCCAAGAUGAGGGUUCCAGAAACUUUGACGUGCAAGCUAUUCCGAUCGACCUGGUCGUUAGGAUUCUCGUUCCUCUGCUCACCUCAAUUGAUAAGUCUCAAUUGGACAGCGCCAUCAAUGCUGUUAGAUCACGAUAUUUAUCACUGAGCAAGUCUCAACCAAGAGGUGCUCUUGAUGCGGCAGCUGCUGCAACGCAGAGGCCUUCAGCAAUUGACGAGGAUGAUGAUUACGAGCCCGUGUUUCAACCAGCUGAAGAUGCAGAGCAGAUCCUGAACACAUUAGAUAGCGCGCCCCCCGAGGCUGUCGCUCUCGAACCUCUGCCAGGAAUGGCUCUAGGCGCGUUCAGCCUCCCGCUCCCCCCGCCUCUGAGCGCGCAGGAGACGGCUGAGUGUAGCAAGGGGACCAUCAACCGCGUCUUUGGUAUUAUGGCAGCCUUAGACGAUCCCGCCCGUACCAAAGGCCCGAAGCAUGGUUUCAACCGUUUGGCUGCGAGCAGUUAUGAUCGCGACGCAUGGGUAACCGUCAUUACACGCUUGGCUACGCGCGCUUCGGCAGGCUUAGAGGGCGGUCCGGUGAAAGCUGAGAACGGUGCCCUCUCGCAGGAUCGCAUCUUCUCCAUCAGCAAUGCAAUCCGUGACGCGCUAUACAUGUACGUCCUCGAGGAUUUCAGGCGCCGCAUAGACGUUGCUAUUUCCUGGUUGAACGAAGAAUGGUACAACGAUCGUCUGCAAUCCGACGAUGCGGAAUCUGAUCCAACUUUACAUUACGAAAAGUGGGCUCUCAAAGUUCUUGAAGGCAUUCUGCCGUACCUUGACGCUAAAGACAAAGUCCUCAUCCGGUUCUUGUCCGAAAUACCGGAGCUGCACUCGGGUAUGCUAGAUCGCGUCAAAGGCCUGGCACGAGAUCCCGAAAGGAUAUCAUUGGCGGUCAAUGCCAUGCAUUAUCUUAUCCUGAUGCGGCCACCAGUGCGGGAAAUUUGCAUAGACGCUGUGGAAGAUCUAUGGAGGAAUUAUGAGGGAACCAGAAGUAUGGCUUCGAAGCUGCUUAACAAGUGGCGACCACACGUGUUACAAGAAGCUCCAAACGGUGCGCAAGCGAACCUAAAGCAGGAGUAAGGUAUUGGCUUCGGGCAUCCGUCGUGGCGCGGCACCUUUGCAUGGUAAAUGGAGUAUGGAGCGAUUCGGAAACACGGGUCUAGGUUUAGGUUAUUGAUAUCGGUAAGCUUAGGAUUAAGAAGGUAGUCCAGUAUAAGAGAAGAAUACUUGAAGAGCUAAGAAUAAAGCCUGACUAGCAUAAACGU